GACAGCUGACUAGAGGGACCCACACGAUUGCGCCGACAGCGCGCUCCCUGAACGCAUCUCGGAAUUCCCAAUUAGGUUAGGUUAGGUUAUCGUGAGUUACACUUCCGAUGUUUCUUAGAACGCGUCUGUUUCAGUGGCGAGAGAAUCGUUAAGGUGCCAAUAGCCGAGCUCAUCGCGCUCUGCAACGGAAAAAUAGGCCUAUACACUCAUUCAAUAUUUCAUGAAUGCGUUCGAUAUACGUAUAUAGGUGCUGAGGAGUGCGAGACAAGAACGUCGCAGGCGAAAGCGGAAGGCGAGAGAUCGCGGUGGAUAUCACGCGUCUUGCCUCGGGUGCCUGCCUGAGGUUUUCGAAACGCGGGGAGCUGACAAACGAGUCACCGCAUUACGUCAUAUGCAUGGUCGUAUCGUUGUUGAUAUCGCAGGCACGAAGACGAUAACGCUCUCUUUUUCCCCCCCGUCAUUCCGUUCGUCGACUUCCGUGUUUUCCGCACGAAUUGGAGCCAUGGGCGACUCGUCGUUGACGGAAAGUACUGGGAUAGUUAUGAACAAAGAAGAGUGCUAUGAAGUGAUAGAUGAAUGCACGGAUGCAGAGACACUUGAAGCAGCACAAAGUUCGCAGGCAGAAGUUACAACUUGCACAAAGUCGGAUAGUACAACAACGCAACAAGAUCCCAAAACUGCCACUGGUGGCAUAAAAUCUCACGACAACAACAUGGAAAAAUUGACUUCAAUGGAAUGUGAUCAAGAAUCGAAUAAUGAUACCGCUGAUUUCACUGCUGAUAUUAACUUGGAUCAGUUUGAUGGACAGAAGGAAGUAACAGAUGAAGAUGUGAUGCAUCACUUGGAUGUAAUAGAAAAUAUUGAAUUGGAUCCUGAAACCUUUGGUGUGGAUCAGUGUAUGAAGGAAACUAAUCAGUCAGAAUUGUUCACUAAAGAAAGAGAACAGGAAGAAGAUAAAGAUGAAAUAUCAGUGAUUGAAGAAGAAUUUCCAGAGAUUAAGUGGUAUGAACAGAAGCUUGCAGAGAAAAACGCCCUUUUAAAAGACAGACUAUCAAAGUUGGCUCGAGUGUUGAUAGUUUCUUAUCCUUCUUAUGAGAAAUGGUUAGAAAGAAUAGAAAAGAUAGAAGGAUCGCCUAUAUGUAAGAUAGAUCCGAUGCGACGUUGCUCAUUAAAAAAUCCAAAUACCAAUCGAUGGAAAUUUCAAUGCAGGAAAAAAAGUAUAGAGGAGUCUAUAAAACUAGAUCCAGAUGCUAUCAAUGUAAUGUGGCAAGUUCUACCAAUUGGAAUAGGAGCUACUAAUAUCGAUAAUAUUGAUAUUCCAAUUUUUGUAUUAAAGGCAGUCAAGAUAUUUGAAGAUUUUCUUCAAACAACUUUAACGACUGAAGACAUAGUUACCUCUAAUGAAAAUCCAUCAGAUGACAUAUCUAUGGAUAUUGACACAAAAAAAGAUACAGACCAAGACAAUAAACAACAAUGGUUGUGUUUGUUGGUACGUUGCAAUAGCAAGGAUGAACUUAUGCUCUUUGCAACCGGAAAAAAUAUUAGUCGUAGCAUUAUGGAUCGUUUGAAGCAGACGUAUGAGUCUGGUCCAGGAAGGAAUUGUAAUGUCAAAUCUCUCUAUUGCAAAUCGAUGAACAAACGCGAUGAUAAAGUCGUUACGACAUUCUUAGUGGGAGCAGAAGCUCUAGACGAGACUGUGGGUAGUCUGAAAGUGCAGCUUGCGCCAAAGACAAAUUUUUGGUGUAAUGCCGCUGGUGCAUGGAACGUAGCUAAAACAGUUGCGGACAUGCUUCAGCCCUCGCAAAAAGUUACAGUACUUGAAAUCGGUUGUGGAAUCGGUGUGAUUGGACUUACAAUAGCAUCUAAAUGUCGAGAAGUGAUAGGAGUUGAUUCACCUUCGGAAAUAGAAGAAGCUGAAAUGACGUGCGAAAUGAACGACAUAUACAAUGCAUCGUUUAUAAUGGGAUCGCCAUCCGAAGUUGUAAAUAAACUAAAUUCUGCGCGUGAUUUACACAAUAAAAAUCGUGUGACUUAUUGUAUAGUCAAUGCGAGCACCAAUAUGGGUAGAGCUAUUGAAGUAAUGACAUGCUUAAGAAAAAUCAGUUCUCUUCGACGUAUCGUAAUGGUCACUACGUUGACAAAACAGUCAGUUCGAGCGAUAUUAGAACUUGCACGGCCUAUAGAAAAUGGGCUCGGUCAUCCGUUCAUGCCAAUUCGAGCAUGUGUCGUCGAUACAUUGCCCACUGGACCUCACUUCGAAGUGGUUAUUCUAAUGGAACGUAGACUCAUGCACAGGCUCACGCAGCCGUGGUUCAUCAAGAUGAUGGAAGAAGAAAGCAAAACGUUGGCUAACAAUAAGACUCUAGAGAAAACAGUCGGUGACAAAGGUGAAGAUGCUGAUGCAGAAUUAAGACAGAAUCCAUUAGCGAAACCCGAACUCGUGGAAAAAGCAAAAGCUUUAAUCACGAAAAAGAUAACCAAAGCGGUGAAAAGCAGUUCAGGUUCACCAGUAAAGGGUAAAAUAAAAUUGAAACGAGACCAUUCGCCUGACAUAAUAGAAAUUAAGAAAGUGCCAAAGAAAUUCGAUAAGUUUGGACCUAAGCCUAAAUUAGGGCAACAGGAUGUUGCAGCUAAGAAAAAGAAUUGGCUUCAUGACAACUCGACAAUUCGCAUCAAUCCGUUAUUUGAGAAAAAAACAAGGGAGAUCAAAGAACAAGUUGACCUAAGAGAAAAAUUGUUGAGUAAUCGAAUUGACACUGAUCUAAUACAGAAGGUAAAUGAAAGUCGAGAAAUUCUCGAAGCGGCCAAAGAGAAAUUAAGCGGUCCAUCUCCCAUAGUUGACCCAACGACCGCUAAGGAAUUAAAAAAUGUAUUGAGUUUGGUUCUCGACCAAACCAAUAAGCUUCAGAAUCAGUUGCCGCGUUCAGUGUGGGAUCGUAUCGCACCACCUGAGCCUGAGCCAAAGAUUCCGGUAAAAAGUCUUGACGACGAUCCCCUUUUGAAAGGUCGAUUUGUACAAGAAAUCCGUGCUCAGGAUAUCGUUAUUACGACAGCGAACAAGGAAUACUUAGAAACCGAUGAUAACAAUAAGCCGAAAUUCAAGAAAUAUCACAACCUGGCACCAUUAGAGCCAAAUAUGGUGAUGCCAGCAAAAAAAUUUAAAGGCAAUAAAGAAUUUCCUCAAAAAUCAUUUGACAACCGAAAUAGACAGCAAAACCAAAAUAAUUCCUGGAAUAAGAAUAAAAGUUUUGAUAAAAAUCGUUGGAACGAUGCGGGAUCUGCGAGAAAACCUAUAUCCCCGAUGAAAAGGGGGCAAGAUUUUUCAUUUAGACAACGAGAAUCACCAUCGGAUAGAUUUUCGCCAAAGCGUCCGUUACUGUCACCACCGAGACGCCCGAGUUCGCCGCCUAGAAGACAUCUUUCUCCAAACAGGUCGUAUCACGCACACGACUCUUCGCCGCAUCGAGAAUAUUCCGAGAGACGGCCAGUGUCGCCAAUAAGGAUAAUGGUGUCUGACGAUAACAGACGUCAAAUGUCGCCACCCAGACGUUCGUUCUCACCGCAUAAUCGACCGAUUUCUCCGCCAAGGCGACCGAUGCAAAGUUCAGGUCGGCCAAUGUCACCUAUGAGACGGCACAUGUCGCCGCCGAGGCCGCAGUUGUCUCCACCGAGACGACAAAUGUCUCCGAUGGGAUAUGACUCUUCCGCGAGACAGCAGUUGUCUCCGGAAAGAAGACCUAUGUCGCCUAUGGUCAGAAUGAUGUCUCCGUCAAGACCAAGAGACAUGAUUCCACCGCGGCAUCAGUCGCCUCCCAUGAGACGCUUUUCGCCACAUCGAGCGUCACACGUACGUAACGUCUCGCCUCCAAGGCGACAGCAAUCUCCUCCAAGGCGACAGCUGUCCCCUCCAAGGCGUCAGAACUCGCCGCCGAAUAGAUUUACGGACGAGUGGGACAUACCAAGUCGGGGCGCUAUUGAACAAAGCAGCACUUGGCAACGGUCCGUUAACGAAAGAUCGGAAAACGUUUGGCGUAACGAUAGACAACCAACAACGAGUGGGAACUGGCAGUCUGUGUCUGAUAAUGAUAGAUAUCGCAAACAGACUAACCAAGACAAGUCCUGGGAUGGCAGAGAUUCCUCGUCUCAUGGAAACUCGUGGAACGCGAAACAAUCGUUUGCAAAACCCAAUAUGAAAGAACCAUGGCAGACUUCAGACAACAGACAAUGGCCUGGUCCCUCCAGAUCAAGUGGUGACAAUUGGAAUCGAGGCAAAGAGAGCUUAGGUGGCCGCAACAAGGAGCCUUGGAUGAACACAAACAAUCCGCGAUGGGAACAGUCGCAGUCCAACGAUUGGAACCAAGGGGACAAGGACGAUUGGAAUGACCUUCCGGAAGACGCGCGGGAUCCCUGGGGCGACGAUGGCAAUCUUGGAUUGAAGGAGAGCUGGAGGAACGUUGAUAAUAAUCAGGCUGCAUCGUCGACCGGUUGGUCCAGAGAAGCUGACAAGGAUCCUUGGGCAAAAUCCAAAGACAAUUGGCAAAGCAAGUCGCAAACAUUUCCAGCGAAAUCACUGGGGCAAAACAGUAAUAAUCCGAGUAUAAACGACUCGCGUUGGUUACCUCUAAACGAUAUGAAUAAGAAGGUACCAUCGACCAAUUGGCAAGGAGGCGCAAAUGUUGGAACCAACAUUGGCAGCAAUGUUGGAUGGCAAUCGAACUACGGUUUGCAGGGACCGCAGCGCCCAUCCUUUAUGCCGAAUUUGUUUAAAGAUCGACGUUAGUUAAGACAGACGAAAUAUUUUAAUGUUACACUCAAAGUAAUAGUAGUUUGAGUCACUUUUGAUCUUUUCAAUUUAUGAAGCAAAAAACACGAUUUUUUUUUUAGAUGGGUGUUUAAAAAAUACACAACAAAUAUGUAUUGUCGAAUAAAAUUACGUAUUGCAAGAUGUGUUAGAAUAUAUCUGUCUGUUAUUGUGAUUUACAUUGUGAUCAUUCGCCAACACAGUGCUUUUCUGUAUUUCUAUUCUUUCAAGUAAAAUGUAUUCAUGUAGAGGUGCACUUUAUUGAUAUGUACUUUAAUUAAGUAAAAAAAUUGCGAUAUUAGUUAACAAUGAAGUUAACGAUGUUAGUUAUUUUCUUGUACAUGAAUAUUAUCGAUUGGCUAUGUUAUUUUUGCAAUGAGAGAAAUAAAAAAUAGGUUACAUGCA